AUGCUUGCAAAGCUGGUGCAAGUCGAAAGUGAAUCGUACGUGGACUCGUUGCCGCCCGCCCAAUCGUGGACCGGCACAGAACCAGCUCUUCGACUGCUUCUGCAGAAGAACCACUCGCAGGAUGCGUUGCCAGCGUACUCGGCCACGCCCGAUUACGUACACCCCGAACACUGCCGCUUGUGUCUCGCCCACGUGCGGGCCGAGGACCUGCCCGCCCACCUCGCCGAGAUGCACCGCGACGUGCUCGACCCCGCGUGUGACGUACUGGACUACUACCAGAACGUGAUACUCCAACGAUCCCUCACGGCGUGGCCGACCCCCAUCAGUCCUCAAAUUGUGAGGGCACGCCUGGCUGCGUUCAAAGCGGAGCUCACCGAUGCCAACUUUACCAUGGCACCUUGCGCAGUCUGCGCCCGGGACAAGCGCCGAUGCAAACUCCAAACGACGUACCUGCCGGACCCCUCAGACGACGCGUGCCCCGACUGGCUGCAGUGGCACACCGACGUCUGGACUGCGCACAAGGACGCUUGGCACGCGCAGCUGGACAACGUCUUCAACGUCGACCGGUACAUGGAACUGAUCUUCUGCGAGAGUGAGCGGCUGCGAGAAGCAGAGCUCAACCGCUGGGCGGCGGCUGUGCGCGCCGACCUCGUGGCGGACUCCACUGCUGCGCCCGGCCACCCCGAAAGGCGUUGGCUGCUGUACCGCCCGGGCAUUUCGACGUCCAGCGCCGACGGCAAGGGCGCCGCCUCCGGCAUCACGGCGAACAUGUGCAAGCAUUGCGCGUGCGCGCUGCGGGAACUGAUCGGCCCCCGUGACGAUCGCCGCCCGCGAGUUCGAGUGCCUCUAGCUGCUGUGGCGAACGGGAUGUGGCGAGGCGCCGACCUCCAUGAAUUCGUGGACCUCACGUACGCUGAGUGCAAGGUCAUCAACCUCGCCAAAGUGCAUGUCAGCAUCAAACGCGUGUUCCUCAGCAAGGCGUCCUACGCUCCUACGGCCACUUCGGAGACGCCCACGUACCACCAGAAGAACGUGGUGGCUUACCCGCAGAGCCCCGACACUGCACUGACUGCCAUAGGCAUGCUGCCUGCGGCCCUUGCACAGACCAUGGUGAUCCAGUUCGUAGGUGGGACGUUUGACGAUCUACAACGACACCCGGACCUCCAGGUCUCCGUUCUCCGCUUACGCGCGGCGUUCCGGCGGCUGUCCCUCAACAAUUGGAUGUUCAUGUUCGCCACCAGGCACCACGAGAUCUGGCGCUCGGGCACCUUGCACGCCGCCCUGGAGGCCCUACUCAGCCCAGCUGACUGCACCGACAGUGGCGCCCGCGAGACAGACCCGACUGAAACGGCUGACGAUGGCAAAGCCGCCGCUGUGAACGGGGGCAUGGACGACGUGCCAGCACUCCGCUUGUGGACGCGGGUCGUGGAGAACUUCGACGUUGCAUCGCGCCUCCAGGAUGAGACCCAUAAGUUGUCGGAGGGCCACGACUCAUCCGCUCGCGCGCAGAUGAAGAUGCGGCACAAUGAAGCCCUCGCCAAAGCAGUCGAGGCAAUGCAACGGAUGUCCCACGACUCUGUCCGGAGGGAGUUGGACAAGUGGGCGGCGCAAGAGAAGGUCGACGCGCCUGCGGUGCAGAUCGCCCACGGAGACCAGUUCCUGUCCUCGCGGGCCGAGAAUUUCUGGAUGGCCAGCGUCGGGGCCCACGUGAAGUCCACGGCCAACGACGGCAUCACUGGCAUGACACCGGGCCAAACCACUGCGGUCACGCAGCUCACUGCUGAAGGCCUCGUCUCUUCCGCUGCGGCCGCUGGGGGCGCGGCCAAUCUCCGAGAUCUGCUUCGACAGCAGGGGCUCGAUCCCAUCGUCCGCAACACCGCUCACCGGAUGCACCUCGCACUCCGACGUGUCCGCGGACCCGCCGAGGAGCGAGAAGGAUUCAUCUGGCGAUUCCGGGCUCUGCGCAUAUGGUCUGGAUGCGCAUCGCUCUUCUUCGCCCUGAACCCGCGCGACAUUCGGAGCCCCCUCGCUGUGCUGUUGGCCCAGGGCGACGAGACCGUGCCCCGCAAGUUCUCCCUGGACAUGACCGACGACGAGGCAACCCAGUGGAUGACCGACUUCAACCGGGAGGACCCGCGACGCCUUCACCGAGCUGUGGCGAAGGACCCACUCAUUGCCACGCGCGUCUUCCACUGGACCGUGCGGCUCGUCAUGCGCGCAUUGUUCAACUGCACUGGUGCGCCCGACGAGCUUAACUGCGACGGGAUCGCCGCAAAGAAUUUGCCCGGCAUCGUCGGGCACGUUCGGGCGCACCUCGGCGUUGUGGAAGAACAGAUGCGCAAAGCGCUGCACAUCCACAUGCUCAUUCAGCUCGUUGGAUUCUCUCACCCUGACGACCUCUUCCAAGGCGACCACCUGCAGAACGCGUUCCGACGUGCCUUGCACUACAUCGCUUCUAUAACGUUCCGCAGCACGGAGGCAUUCGCUCACUACGCGAAGGACCCGCUCGGACAUGCCGCCCUUCACCAGUUGCCGUUGCUGCCGUUGACGAAAUUUCAGCGCGAGAAGAUCGGGGGCGUUCGCACGGCCGCCAGCAACGCCGCCCAGUGGCAUGGGCGGG